AUGAUAGAAGAGCCUGUGUCCAUUGAUUAUGCGUCUAAUAAUGAGACAAAUAUAUCUAGCGAGGAUCAAACCACAUACUUGAGACAAGAUAGUAUGACACCAUUCAGUACUGAAACUGAAGGACCCUUUCAGCCCACUGAGGAUGAUUUGGUAAAUUGUGAAUUUCCAAAAGAUAAUUCUGGUCGGUCAUUCCAUGCAUCAUGGUACUGGAAAGAUGUACCGGGUUGUGCUCCAGUCAAACGUCAGUGGUUAAGUUACUCAAUAAUAGAAAACAAAAUCUUUUGUCACCCAUGUAUAUUAAUUGGGCGAAAUACUAAAAAAGCAUGGACAUUAGAUGGUUUUCAAGCAUGGUCAAGAGCAAUUUCCAGUAUAAACAAAAAAAAAGAAGUUGCUUUUAACAAAGAAGUAGUCAAAGAUCUCAUUGAUAUAACUAUUUUUUUGGCUUCUAAUGGCCUUGCUUUUAGAGGACAUAGAGAAGGUUGGAAGGAUAGAAAUAGAGGUAAUUUCUUAUCACUUGUUGACUUAUUUUCAAAAAGAUCACCAUGUAUGGCAGCUUAUACCUCUAAAUUGCAAAAUUCGAGUAAAAAAUCCCAUGUUAGUUUUAUUUCUAAACUUAGGCAAAAUCAGCUGAUUGAUUCUGUAGCAGAAAGUAUCUUGACAGUAAUUCAAACAGAUGUCAAGUAUGCCAGAUUUUUCAGUUUAUUUAUUGAUAGCACUUUUGAUGCAUCCAGGAAGGAACAAGUUGCAUUCGUCAUUCGUUAUGUUCAUAAUAAAACUUCAAUUAUUUCAGAGCGUCUUAUAGCAGUUAAAGAGUCCUCAAAUACUAGUGGACGUGAGUUAUUUUCUCUAUUUCAACUAGUAUGUUCAGAGAAAAAUUUAGACUGGAAAAAUGAUCUAAUCGGUCAAUCCUACGAUGGAGCUCCAAAUAUGAGAGGACAAUUUGAAGGUCUACGAAGCCACGUCCAAAAAGUAAAUUCAUCUGCCUUGUAUGUAUGGUGUCAUGCACAUCGCUUAAACUUGGUAUUAUAUAGUUGGGUGUUGCAAAGAUGCAAUGGAUGUUUUUGGAAAUUUGGAAUCAAGCUGCUACAAGCUUGGAUGUCUUUCUCUGUUGCUCUUGUUACAGUAUUAGACACAUUCGAAGCUGUUGUAGCGGCCCUUGAUGAAAUACAAUCCAAAGAAGGUCCCGAUGAUAAAAAAAUUGGACAUCUUGCAGGGUGUCUAAGUGACUAUCUUUUAUCCGAGCGAUUUUUGUUGAUUGCUCAUUGUUUCAAAAAAAUAUUUAGUAUUCUUGCUCCAGUAAAUCAAAUUUUACAAAAAUCUGAUUUAGACUUGUUAGCAGCUGUGAAUUGCAUUGAAGAAACUCGUGAAUCUAUUUGA